AUGCUUAUUCCUCUGUGGAAUUUCAUGGACUUCACGCGCCGGUACUGGACAUGGCAGAUUCAAAAGCUGGUCAUGGCCAAUAUCCUGGAUCCCAAAACGUUGGCCAUGCCCGCCGGGGAACAUGAUUUCGACAGCAACCAUCGGGACUUUCCUUUCAAGUCCAAAUAUCGUACCCUGCCGCUGUUUCGGGCGAAAGUGGAUUACGGCAUCCUCGCCGAGCUUGAUCAGUCGCUUAUCGCCAUUCAGAUUCUUAGAGAUCUCUUCACGCAAGAGCGCUCAAAAGCUGUAAGUUCCCGAGACAACGGACAUUCCAAGUAA